AUAUUGCGUGGACGUGGUACUUAUGACUUAUCGGAUGAGCUCUGUAAAUAUUUCAGCUUUUUGUUAUUAUGGAAAUGAUUCACUGUAUAUAUUAAUACAACUGAAAAUUUUUACUUCCAUCUGCUUUGAAAUGAGUAGUUCUUGUUAUAUCGUUCAGCUUACGCCUUUCUGUAUUAGUUUUUAGUGUGUAAUUGUUCAGUCUCAAUUGUAUCCAUGCCAUCUGCAUGGCUGUCUUUCCUGCUUUUAUGCAGCAUGGUUUGACAAGACUUACCCUUCACGGCUUAAAUUUUUUAACUAUCCACUAGGAUGCACAAGCUGAAUUUCAGCAUGUUAAUCGCAUCUUCUGGUAUGCAUGACCAUCCCUUUGAGAGGAUAUGGCAGCGCAGUUGGAGAGUCCUCAGGAGCAAGAGAAGGAAGUUGGCAGCUACUCCUUAACAAUUCAGGUGUGGUGGCUAUGCACAUGGCGGUAACUCAUCACAACACUGUCAUAUAUUUUGACCAAACUGAAGAGUAUUCUGGGUAUCCUCUUCGUAGACGCUACAAUGGAAGGAGGUGCAUAAGAAUACGGAAAGACUUCAAUGAUCCUGACUGCUAUGCUCAUUCCAUUGAGUAUGAUGUUUCAAGUAACAGAAUCAGGCCUCUAAAUCUUGACACUGAUACUUGGUGCUCUUCAGGUUCUUUCUUGAGCAAUGGAACACUUCUCCAAACUGGUGGACAUGGUGCAGGCACUCGAAGAAUACGUUACUUCAGUCCCGACAACAGAAACGAUGAGUGGAAGCAAUCAAGGAGCUUUUUAUCUGAUAGCCGUUGGUAUGCUUCCAAUCAAAUUCUACCGGAGAAUGAUCAAGUCAUUGUUGUUGGUGGAAGAAGAGUUUACACUUAUGAGUUUGUACCCAAGUUGUCAUCCGAAGCUGAUUCUAUUGAUCUUCCCUUUCUGCACCAGACUUAUGAUGACAAUUUUAAGGGAAACAACCUCUAUCCCUUCCUUCAUUUAUCAUCCGAUGGAAAUCUGUAUAUUUUCGCUAACCGGGAUUCGAUCCUUUUUGAUUAUAGAAGAAACAAAGUUGUCAAGACCUUCCAUCAAAUUCCUGGAAAUGGUUCAAGGAACAACCCCAGCUCCGGUUCUUCAGUAAUUCUCCCUUUAGACCACACAGACAGAUUUCAGAAGGUAGAAGUCAUGGUGUGUGGGGGUGCAGCUUCAGGAGCUUAUGAAGCUGCCCGAUAUGGGAAGUACCUUGACGCCCUGAGAUCUUGUGGUGGAAUGGUAAUCACUGGAAACAAACACGAAUGGAACAUGGAAGACAUGCCUGAACCUCGUCUGAUGAACGACAUGCUGAUACUCCCAACUGGUGAUAUCUUGAUCAUCAAUGGCGCAAAACGUGGCAGUGCUGAUUAUGAAAAGGGACGCGAUCCUUCGUUCGAACCUUACCUCUAUGCACCAAAGAAAACAGAAGGCAGUAGGUUCUCAGUCCUCAAGUCCAGCAAUAUAGCUCGAAUGUAUCAGUCAUCAGCUGUUCUUUUGCCUGAUGGAAGGGUCUUGGUUGCCGGUGGUAAUCCUCAUAGAAGCUACGUUUUGGAUACAACAGCAGAUCCAGAUUAUUACCCUACUGAGCUUAGCUUACAGGCAUUUGUUCCUCAUUAUAUGGAGCAACAAUAUGAUGAUUACAGGCCAGCUAAUGUGACCAUAACCUAUUCGAUCGGCCAGGAUGGUGUUCGAUACGGAGGAGAGUUUACCGUCCGGUUCUGGCUACGACGGAGGCCUAGCAAGGUGGUAGAGUUUAGUGCUUAUGCACCUCCAUUUACCACACACUCCAUUUCAAUGAACCAGAGAAUGCUUAGACUGGAAUGCAAAAACAUGGCAAGGAGUGAUGAUGGUGGAUGGGUGAAUGCAGUGUUGGAGGCUCCUCCUUCUCCAAAUGUUGCUCCGUCGGGUUAUUAUAUGCUGACUGUUGUUAAUGGAGGAAUCCCCAGUAUUUCUGAGUGGAUCAGGUUCAUACAUGCUUGAUCAUCUGUUUCUUUCUGAGGGAAAAAAUGGAUUUAACAAGAUAUGUAUUAGCAAGUUAUAGAUUAUGUGGAGAUGGAAAAUAGAAUAAAACUCACAAAUUCAAGUAGCAUGAAAAAUCAUUUUGAAUUUAUCAC